CCAAACCACAAACUCAUCAGCCUUCUUCUAAUAUCCAUCACCUUCACUAUUACUCCCUUGGUUAGAAACUUACUUCACUAAGAAAAUGGCAGCAGUGUUCAAGUUAGUAUGUGUGGUUCUUGCUUUCAUGGUUGUAGCUGCACCAUAUGCAGCUGAAGGUGCACUUACAUGUGGUCAGGUAGCUAGCAAGAUGACACCAUGUCUUGGCUUCUUAAUGGGUAAUCCUAUGUCACCUGGUUGUUGUCCAGGAGUCAAGGGUCUUCUUGCCAUGGCUAAAGCCACUCCUGACCGUCAAGCUGCUUGCAAUUGCUUGAAGAAUGCCGCCAAGUCUAUGAGUGGUAUUAAAAUGGAUAAGGCUGCUGCACUACCCAGACAAUGUGGAGUUAACAUCCCUUACCAGAUCAGCCCUGCCACUGAUUGUGCUAAGGUAAAGUAAAAUGUACUGUUGGAGGAUCUGCAUGUAGGAUUGAGAGAAUGAAAAAUAAGAUGGAUGUUUGGGUGAUGAAGUAGUAUAGUGGUCAUAAGGAUGUUUUAUGCAACCUAUGGCGAUCAAUCUUUGUUAGCUUAAGCAUCCCCUACUGUGUUUUUUGUGAUGUUGUUGUUGCUUUUAGUAGUGUAGAAGUAGUAGUUGCUGUUGAGUUUGUUCAUCAUCAUGUAAUCAGAUUGGAUUAUUUUCGAUCAGAUCAUGAUUAAAUAACUUAUGUUAAUGUCAGCCUUCUACUUUUAAUAUAUGAAAAUGGAGACCCGUCUUCUUCUAUUCU